AGGGACAUGAGAAUGGAGCUGACCUGGUCAAAAAAAAUAAAAAAAAGUGGACGCGUCUUUAACUGGUAUAUAGCCUGCUAUCAUCUAGUGGGGUUUCUUGGUUCCUGUACUCUCUCAGAUCGGGGUAGAAACCCUUAUCUAAGUUUGCAGAAUCAAGCGAAUUGAAAACGCACGUUAGAUAUUUUGUAAGUUACCCAGUCGUGCUUGUGUAUCUAACGUAAACUGGAUAGCUGCAGGCAUCCAGGUAGCUCAGUACCAUAAUGUACUAUACUUUGCUUACAAUCGACAGAAUUUAGCCAGUACAGUACUGUAAUUAACUACUGUUGUAUGUUAUGAAAUGUAUUUGAAAAAGUACUGAUCUACAUUUUUCUUGUAUUCAUGUACUGUAAUUGUAAACUGCUGAAGUUAGUCCCCAUUGUUAGUUUGAAUCUAUAGCUAAUGUAGUUAGCUACUACCUUUGUUGGAUCUACAAUUCUAGCUAACCCGAUCGAGCCAUGGAAAGUUCUAUGAAGAAAGCUCUUGUGGAACGGAGGUCGAGGCUUAAGUUUUUGUCCAUGAGACGUAGAGAGACUAUUAGAAAAACAAUCAUGGAAAAGCAAAUGGAAAUUCAACGGCAUAUCAGACGUAGGAUGUAUAUCCUAAACAAUAUGAAGAGAUGUUUACAUACAUUUCAGACAGCAUCAAACUCAACUUCAAGAUCAUCCAUACACUCAAAACCCUUAUCACCCUUGACUCCUUACUCACUUGCUGAGAUUAAAUCAGACUGGUGGGAAAGGGUUGUGAUGGAGUUCCAACCACAAGAUUGGCUCAACACAUUCCAUCUGAGCAAGGAUACUUUUUACCAACUCUAUGACAAACUUAGACUGAUAAAAGGCAUACCUACAUAUCAUAUCUCCCUGGAGAAAUGUGUGGCAGUACUGCUAUUACGUUUGGCCACCAACUUGGACUACCAUUCUAUCGGUGACCUAGUUGGCACAAGCAGUGCCACAGUAGUCAGGUGUAUACAAGAACUAUGCAAUGUCAUUGUAACAAGGCUGAAGCCAUUCUACAUUCAUCACCCAAAUGAACAGGAGCUGGAAGAAAUGGCUACAGUGUUCAACACACUCUGGGGUUUUCCUCAUUGUGUGGGUGUCAUCGAUUCCCUUCACAUUUCUGUGAAAUCACAAAGCCGGACCAGUGACAGCUGGAACAGCAAGGAAUGGCCCUCCGUGGUUGUGCAGGGAGUUGUGAAUGGACACAGUCAAUUCUGGGAUGUCCGAGUAGGCUUUCCAGGCAGCACUGAUGACUGGGCCCUACUGCAAGGCUCUGAACUAUGGACAUUGGCAAAAGAAAAGGGACUGAUGCCACAAACACCUUGUAAACUCAUGGGCCAACCUCUGGGGUAUGUGCUGUUGGGUGAUGCAGCCUUCCCUUUGCAGAGCUGGCUGCUUAAAUGUUACCCAGAGUCCUCUCAACUUACGCCCCAGCAGCGUGCAUUCAACGGUAAAAUAAUCCACGCACGGACUCCUAUUGAGGGAACGUUCCGUCGCCUGAAGGCCCGCUGGCUGUGCUUAAAGCGCAACAACAGCCAUGCUGCCCUCAUCCCUUUAAUGACCCAAGCAUGCUGCGUUCUCCAUAAUAUGUGUGAGAGAAAUAGUGAUCCUUGCAUGGAGAAGUGGCUAGAAGAGACGAGCCAAGGCCUUCCCCAACCUUCUGAUGUAGCCCCAGUAUGUCUGGAUGACUCUGACGGCGAGGUGGUGAGGUCUUUACUAUGUGACUACUUUCAUCAGCUACCAGAAUCACAACAGCAGGGCAGUGCACAUCCACCGACGAUGCCACUGGACCUGGCAGACCCUCGCCCUGGCACACACUCAGAGUGCUCUCAGGCAGUGAACGUACUGACUGCACUUGAAUGACAGUGUUGAUCUGUUACUGCCAAAAUCCUACUUUUGAUAUACAUUGAAAAGCACCACGGUACAGUAUAUUGUGUGUUACGGACUCAUCUGUUUUGAAACUUUCUAUGUUCUGUUGUUGGCUGUAUCAUUUUUUUGGGUAUAAAAUAAAUUAC